AUGAGUCAACCUAUUACUGAAAUCCCUAUGGCCACUGUUGCUAACCAUCCCUCUACUGCUGCUACUUACCCUACUUUGAAUCAAAUGUCUACCGACGGUGCUAUUCAAGUCCCAGAUCAGACUGUUGGUCAAUGUGAGCAUCAUCGUCAAGAAGAUGUUGGUUCUUCUUCCUCUUUCUUGUUAAGACUGAGAGGUGGCGGUGGAUGUCUGACGGAUUGUCUAGCUGCGAUUGGCUGCUGUUGCGUUUGUGAAGAGUGCUGUUGUUAA